AAAACGAAAUGCAGUGACAAAUUUGAAUUUUGUCUCAGAAAAAUCUGUUCUCAAAUUAUUCAGGUCUUCCAUAUGACGUCAUGCUAUACUGGCAUCAGUACCCAUGGAUUUUCGGGCAGUACUUUUGCCAAGCAAGAGCGCUGUUUUCAGAAAUGGCUUCAUAUGUUUCAGUCUUAACUGUGGUGGUUUUUUCGACUGAAAGAUACGUCGCUAUUUGUCAUCCACUAAUUAAAGUGGCUGUUUCUAGCCUACAGAGAUGUCUCCGAAUCAUCUUGAUUUUGUGGGUAGUCUCCUUCUUUUGUGCGCUGCCUUUCGCUAUUCACAGUGGAGUGGAUUAUAUCACUCAUCCAGAAGAACCUCAAAACAUAAUUAUGGAGUCAGCGUUCUGCGCAAUGACAGCACAACCUGAAAACAUUCCACUGACUGAAGUCAGUUCGAUUGUGUUUUUCGUUAUUCCUAUGGCCGUUAUACUUUACCAGUAUGUCAAAAUGGGAAUUGUGAUACGAAGAUCAGCGAAAAGUCAAUCUUCUUUGGGUAGAGGUAUUAGCGGCUCAGUGCAUGGGAGGAAUAAAAGACACCAAGAGCAACGUAAUAAUGUAGUCAAAAUGUUAUCUUUCAUUGCGCUAGGUUUUUUCAUAUGCUGGUGUCCUUUUCAUAUCCAGAGGCUACUUUCAGUGUACAUGAAUAAUUCAAACGAUUUCGAUGAACUGAACUACUGGAUGUAUACCGUAGCAGGAGUCCUGUACUACAUAUCAUCUACUGUGAAUCCAAUCGUUUACAAUGUGAUGUCGAAUCGAAUGCGGAACGCUUUCAGGCAAGUGAUCUGUGGUGUUGAAGUCAGGGGGAUGAAGAGGCUCAGCAGGCGUAGUACUAUUCCUACGUAUACUUCGGAUCGGUUGUCAAAUGUUUUUGUUGACGAAGAGGAAGCCUUGAAUUUUGGUAAAACACCCAGUCUUCAACCAAUUCUGGAAAAAGCUUGAGUUUGACCUGAAACAGUUUCGAAUAUUUUGUUACUCAAUACUUGCAUAUAUAUCAAUAUUGAAGUAAAAAUAUAACGCAUUA